AUGUCGCUCACUCACGCCAUUCCAGAACAAGACAGAUCCUUCCGAGCCUGGAACGUAGACGGUCGCAAUACACACCUCAUCCCAAACGUCUACCGUAUCGACGAGCACCGUCUUCGUGGAUCAGAAUGGCCCGCAACACGAUGUCUACAAGGUCUCUCUUCAAAUCGUAUGAGUGARUUAGUUGAAAAGAAACUCCACAAUCCAAGUAGUACCACAACAUGCGAACAUUGUACGUCCUCUUCCAUUUCCCCCGAAAGAACAGAAACUUACAAUCUAGGCCUCCUUCCCAGCUCCGAUCCCCUGUGUACAAUCUCCUGCUACCACGACUUCACGGCCUCACACUUCUCCCAUCCCUUGAUCGAACUCCGCGGUCCCGGACCCCUAGGCUACGGGGCUUUCGUACGCCGUGGAAUCACCAUCAAGAAAGAUCAAUGGGUGGGAGAAUAUAUCGGAGAACUCCGCCCGAUCAAACGGGUGAACCGGGAUCUCAAAAUCUACGGGAAGCAGAGCAUGUAUCGUUUUGACAUUCCGGUGGAGGGGAAGGAGGAUGUUGUGGUGGUUGAUAGUGAGCAAAAGGGAAAUUGGAGUCGGUUUGUGAAUUCGAGUUGUGGGGCGAAUUUGAUUGUUUGGGCGACUUUCGUUGGGAAGAGACAUGUUUUGCUAUUGAGGGCUAAGAAGGAUAUCAAGGAAGGAGAGGAGUUAACAUUCUCGUAUGGGAAGGCGUAUUUUGAUGCGGCGGGCAUAUCUUGUCGGUGUGGAGCGAGGGAGGGAAUGCAUAUGCCGGGCUCGUGGAGGAAGUGA